GGGCGCGGAGUCAGAGUGGCGCAGCGAGUGGCUGCAGGUGGCGACGGUGGCGGGGGGUGGGGAGUGAGGUAGUAUAGGGGUCGCGGAGGAGGAGGCUGAGAGAGUAAAAAGGAAACUAAAGCUGCAGUCUGGCCUACUGGUCCGGGGGCCGCGGAGCCCCCACCCGGGGAGAUGGACCUCAACCGGAUCAUCCAGGCGCUGAAGGGCACCAUCGACCCGAAGCUGCGAAUUGCAGCUGAGAACGAGCUCAACCAGUCCUACAAGAUUAUCAAUUUUGCCCCCAGUUUACUGCGGAUUAUCGUCUCUGACCAUGUGGAAUUCCCAGUACGCCAGGCAGCUGCCAUUUACCUGAAGAACAUGGUGACACAGUACUGGCCAGACCGAGAACCUCCACCGGGAGAAGCAAUAUUUCCAUUCAACAUUCAUGAAAAUGAUCGCCAGCAAAUACGUGAUAACAUUGUGGAAGGAAUAAUUCGGUCUCCGGAUUUAGUGAG